AUGAAAACUGAUAGGUUAUUGAUUAAUGCUUCCACGGAUACAUGUACCAAGGUAGACGCUGAGGUAGAAACUAUGGACAGACCGGUACCAAUUAAAGUUUUGGCGGAAGGCAAGGUAUUAAACAACUUCGAAGAACCGGGCUUAAUGAAGUGCGGCUAUCAUGAUGCAAAGAGCUGGGUCAGAAGACUAUCGAGCGAAACAAUUGUCGGUGACGAUAUGAAUAAUCUAUACCCAUUUUACGUUGAUACUGCGUACGAUGUUAGGCGUUUGAGAAAAGAUAUUAUAAACGCUAAAAUAGAAUUGCACGUUGAAAACCUAAUCAUAAUCUGCAAUAUUAAUGACGUUUCCACUGUAUUUCUCAUGAGAGAAGUGGUGGAGUGGGUCUUACGCAACUUUCCAUCAAUAACUGUAUACGUGCAAGAUAUUUUUGAAAAGUCAACUCAGUUUGCUGUAAGUGAUCUCUGCGAUGAUAGCUGCUGCAGCAAAAAUAGAGUAAAGUACUGGUCAAAGGAGUUUGUUCAGAAACAUGAUUCAUUCUUUGAUUUGAUGAUUACACUAGGGGGUGAUGGAACUGUACUGUUUGCGUCGUCUAUAUUCACCAAAGAAGUUCCGCCGAUUGUUCCAUUUGCUCUUGGAUCAUUAGGAUUUUUAACAAAUUUUGAAUUUCAAAAAUUCAAAGAAACACUGAAACAUAUUCUAACAGAUGAGGUCCGUAUUAAUUUACGAAUGAGAUUGCAAUGCAAACUCUAUCGUAGAAAUAAACCAGAAAUUGAUACUGUAACUGGGAAAGAAAUAUGCUUUAUCGAUUUCGUCUCUGAGCAUCACGUGUUAAACGAAGUGACCAUAGAUAGAGGUCCAGCUCCUUGUUUAUCUCUACUAGGACUUUAUGGAAACGACUCAUUGAUGACUAAGGUUCAAGGUGAUGGAUUGAUUGUUGCUACACCUACAGGAUCCACAGCGUACUCAUUGAGUGCAGGAGGCUCUUUGAUAUCACCAAGCGUGAACGCCAUAGCAGUGACGCCUAUCUGCCCUCAUACUUUGAGUUUUAGGCCUAUAAUUUUACCAGACAGUAUGGAAUUAAAAGUUAGAGUAGAUAUGAACUCAAGAGGGACGUCGUGGGUGAACUUUGACGGUAAAGAUAGAAUUGAAUUGAAGCAAGGUGACUAUGUAGUAAUAACUGCAAGCCCCUAUUCAGUGCCAACCGUCGAGUCAUCCCCCAGUGAAUUUUUCGAAAGUAUCAGUAAAAAUCUUAAUUGGAAUGACCGCGAAGAACAAAAGCCAUUUGCACACAUUCUCUCACCAAAAAAUCAAGAAAAGUAUAGGAUAGAUUCAUCGAAAAAUAGAAACAACAGCAUAAGUAACUCCUCCGAGAGUUCAUUUUUAAGUUCAGAUACGCAAGAUGAAGAGAGAAAAUCCGUAAUAGAAACGGAAAUGGUUGUUGAACGGACUCGUCAAGCUCAUUUUGCAAUUUAA